AUGCCGCCAUUCGACUUUGCGGCGAGAUCGGAAUGGGGCGAGAUAGCAGUCAGGGGACUUGUUAGUUCAGAGCAAGAGUCAGUGCAGAGCUGUGAAUCGAACUUCAAUACUCCUAAGUACUUCCCGCCCUUUCCGCCCACCCACAGCAUCCAGACGGAAGACAGAUCAGUACCAAGGCACGACGCGCCCACGCAGUACUACGCCGGUCGUAAAAUCAAAGCGCGCGACGACACCCCGAGCGACGAUUUAGUGGGAGUCGCGUGCUUAUUUAUCGCCGCGCUUAGCGGCCAUUACAAAAGUCCUUUUGUUGUAAAC